AUGACUAGGCCGGUAACCGAAGGCGUUACCAGCAGCGAAGUGAAGAUACUAAAGGAAGAGACUCCGAAGGCGCCGGAGAACCCAUUCUACGAAAUUCGCCCAGUGCCAGGCAAGGGCUACGGUUGUUUCGCCAUCAAGAACAUCAAGCGCGGAACCCGCAUCUUGGCCGAUGAUCCUCUUCUCGUAGUCCCUAUCGCCGAGUACUUUGAGACUGAUAUUAAGGAAGAGUUUGCCAAACUGUCUCCCAAAGACCAGGCCCUGUACUUCACUCUCCACUCAGCCCAUGGGCAGGAUCCAAAGAACUGGCCGAAGCAUAUCCACCCAACGGUGGAAGGGAGGGAGCGAUGCCGCAUCGAGGAACAGCACAAGGCUCGCACUGGGAAGGAACCGACACUGAUUAGCAUCUUCCAGACGAACUGCAUGGAGAUGGACGGAGGCGCCGCUGUCUUCCCGAACGCCGCUCGCUUCAACCACAGCUGCAACCCAAACGCCUGCUUCUCCUGGAACCCAGCGAUUCGGAAGGAGACGAUCCACGCGAUCAGGGAUAUAAAGAAGGACGAGCAGAUUACCCUGUCAUACUGCGACAUCACGCAUGAUAAAGCGACUCGCCGAUGGGAGCUCAAGCACUACGGCUUCAUUUGCGACUGCCCGGCCUGUGUCGGUGACGAUCCUCAAUCCUUCGCGGGCAAGUCCGAGACUAGAAGGUAUAGGCUCAUGGAGCUGGAGCAGGAGUUUCGACUUACUCGCGGCGAAUACAUCGGAUUCGGGGUUAGCCAGCCGGGCUUCAUCGAGAAGCUAUUGGAGUACGCGACGUUGCUCCUCGAGGAAGGGGACUACACAGUUCGGCUUGCCAACACCUACCUGGACAUCGCAAUCGUUUGCGAGAAGAAGGGCGAUUUGCUCCUCGCAAAGCGCAGUGCGCUGAAAGCUCUCCGCAUCAAGCUCGAAACUCAAGGUCCUGAUUACCCGGAUAUCCCAAAGUAUCAAGGGGUUGUUCAGCGGAUCAAACGGAAGAUGGCAGAGCAGGAGGCUGCACAGGCUGGGAAUAAAUCUUGAUGAGGGGGCGGAUAAGCGAUGUGGGUGGGGAUUUGCAUGCGUAUUCUGUGUGCAAACCCAUGUGGGAAGAAGAGCGAGGAGGGAGACAUAUCUGGGCGACGGGCGCGGACGGGUCAUCGUGGGAUAUGGGUAAGGCUCUCUCUUGAAGUGUAAUCAUAAUCCUCUGGGCAUGUCCUAUCUAGCGGCAGACAAUAAAGCAGAGAUGAUUCA